CCUGCCAAGCCCAACUCGAGACAACCUGGGGAGUUCCACUAUCCUUGGUUGAACGGCGCUGGAGGACGAUCAGACUUUGCUGGGACUACAAGGGAAGAAUGCAGACAAUCAAAUGUGUAGUUGUAGGAGAUGGGGCUGUAGGUAAGACCUGCCUCCUCAUCAGUUACACAACAAAUGCCUUUCCUGAGGAGUAUAUCCCUACUGUCUUUGAUAACUAUAGUGCUCAGACAUCUGUGGAUGGCCAAAUCGUCAGCCUGAACCUGUGGGACACUGCUGGCCAAGAAGAGUAUGACCGACUACGAACACUCUCCUACCCCCAGACCAAUAUCUUUGUCAUUUGUUUUUCCAUUAGCAACCCAUCCUCUUAUGCCAAUGUGAGGCAUAAGUGGCACCCAGAGGUCUCCCAUCAUUGCCCCAAUGUACCUGUUCUGUUGGUAGGCACCAAGAGGGACCUGCGGAGUGACCUUGAGACAGUGAAGAAGCUGAAGGAACAGAGUCUAGUGCCCACGACUCCUCAGCAAGGCACUUCCCUAGCUAAGCAGGUGGGGGCUGUGAAGUAUCUGGAAUGUUCGGCUCUGAUGCAGGAUGGAGUACAUGAGGUAUUUUCAGAAGCUGUCCGGGCUGUGCUUUACCCUACCACAAAGAAGAACACCAAGAAGUGUGUCCUCUUAUAGCUUUUGGGUGCUACUUGGGGACUGCACCUAAGAAGUAUAAGGGGAGAUUCCUUUGACAGCAGUUAAGAGUGCCAGCAUGAGCCAUUUGUCUCUUUCCCUAGAGACCCUAACUGGUUUAUUCGGCUUUUGGAAGAACAAAGACAGACUAGUUUGUACAUGGCUGCUUUGAAGUGUGGUCUGAAUCUUUUGGAGGAAGUUUGAGUGUGAGCACGCACCCGUGGGUGUGUCUCCCCUGUCAAAGCAGUAAGAGAAGAUGCCACUGAGUGCUGUUCUUUUCUUUCCUGGCCAGGCCAUGACUAAGCAGAGCAGCCUAGUACUGUUCUUUGUUGGCUUUUGCUUGUCUGCUUUUAAAUCUAAUUUCAGUGUUCCUUGCUGUAUUUACCAUUGAGCAAGUGCCUCACAGAAGGUCAAGAUUAUCCAGUUUUCAAAUCAUUGCCUUAAACUUUCUGAUAUACUAAUUUUUUAAAACCAUUUUAUGUGUGAUUCCUGGGUAUUCCUAAUCUUGACAUGUUUCUCCCAUUCUUGGGAUGAGACAUUAACAAAAAUGGUUAAGCAGCAUUUUCCAAAGCUCUGUGAGAUGGUAAUAGAUGUUCCUUAAAAUGGUUCUGUGGUCAAAUAAGCUGAGAAACCAGCAAUUUAAAUGAAAAUUGAGCAGGUUCCUUUACCACAGGACUUUAUAACUUAAUAUGUUUGCAACAUUUCCCAAACUUAUUUCAUCACUGAACUUUUUUUUUUUUUUUUUUGGUCCCAUGCAACACCUAUUAAUGUCUCUGGUAACAGUUUCAGAGAAGCUGUGUUAAUGGGAACUAGGAAUUCCCGAGGAAGAGGCUAGAGGCUGUAAAAAAACAAAAAGCAGGGGUGACCCUGUGGCGCACUCAGGAGAGUGCGGCGCUGGGAGCGCAGCAGUGCUCCCGCCGCGGGUUCGGAUCCUAUAUAAGGAUGGCCGGUGCGCUCACUGGCUGAGCAUGGUACGCCGGUCACAAAAAGACAAAAAACAAAAACAAAAACAAAAAGCAUAAUGUGGUCCUGUUCUUUUUGAUGUUUCCCUCUUUAUGCCUUUGAGACAAAUGUUUAUGAGCCAUGGACUUGUGAUUGGUUCCUCUGCUUUGGGAGAUGGGUUUGGAACUUAAUCAUUGCAUUGCAUUGACGUGGGGUCUGACAAUGAGAUCUGCUAUCAGACUGAUGGCACUAUGGGCCUGGUGAUGUGAAAUUAUUAAUCCCCCUCCCCCCCAAAAACUGUGUGAGUCUUCUUUGUGGCCCUUUUUCCUGUCACUUUCUGCUUUAGAGAUAGACCACUCAAGGUUAACCCCCUAAAUAAAACAAAAACAAAACAAACUGUCCUGCCAGUCAUUGUCUGGGACUUCUGAGCUUUCCUGAGACAUCUCUUCUGCCAUCAUUUCUGUGCUUAGCCAUUCUGAGUCUAUAAAGGCUAUCUUGCUUCCUGUCCUUCCUUCCUCGGUACAUUUCCCUGUGUGUUUUUUCAGCCCUGUGCGCCUUUGGAGGUCUUUUAGUUGCUCCAAGAGAACUGGAGGAUGUUGGAUGCACAUCUCCAGACCCUGAGG